AACAGAUAUUCAAAAUUUAUGAUAGUUGUAUGUUUCAAAACGAGUGCACCAUCAUGAGUCCCAGUGGCGCCCUGAGCGUGACGAAGCCGAUUUUGUGCAUUGGCCGCUUGUCGAUAGACUUAUUAACCGUGUGCGCUAAUGGAUCCGACGCAGGUGCCCUGCACAGCUGCUUGGAGGCACAAUGGCGUCGUGGUGGACACUCGAGCAAUGUGAGCAUCCAGCUGCAUAUGCUGGGCGCCCAAGUGGAGUUCUUCGGCAUGCUGAGUCGUUCCAGUUUACUGAUAGAAAUGCUGCAGGAAAUGCGUCGAUGCAACAUCGAAUUGAGCCACUGCCCCCGGACGGAUGAGGAGCCGGACAUCAGCACGAUUUGGAAAGCUCAAAAGACAGGCUGUCGCACUAUUCUGUACAGUGAUAGUCAAAAGUUUCCAUAUGUAACAUUCGAGGACUUCAAGCUGCUCGAUCUUGGAGUCUACGGCUGGGUGCACUUUGAGGCACGUAAUGUGAGAGAAACAAUUCGAAUGAUGCGUGCCGUAUGGGAUUAUAACAAUGGACGCACUGCAGCAGAGCGCAUACUCAUCUCGCUAAAGGUGACAUAUGAUGUGUGCUUCAAAGAGAUCAUCGAUCUCUUCGAUAUGUGCGACUUUGUGAUAUUCUCCAGGCAGCUGGCUCAGCAGCUGGGCUGGCAGACGCCUAAGGAGACCUGCCUGCAACUGGAUAAGAAAUUUUCCCUGCCACGCAGCUUUCAUGUGCGCCGACCCUGUCUGAUUUGUGGAUGGGGUCUCAGUGGUUCCGGCUGCCUGGAUGCGCUGGGUAAAUACUACGAACUGCCUGCCAAUAUAUGCGGUGAUCCUGUGGACGCUUAUGGCGCCGGGAAUUGCUUUGCAGCAGCUGUCAUCUAUGCUCUCUACUUGCGCCAGAUGACUCUUCCAGAUGCUGUCGCCUUUGGCAAUCGUUUGGCUGGCCAUAAGGUAACCAGCUCUGGUUACAAUCACCUCUCUAAGCUCAACACUUUUCCCGUUGAUACGGUGCAUGAUGACACGCAUCGAGCCAGCAAUAUGCCGGAAGACGAGGAAGUCGAUGGGCAUAUCUCGAGAAAGUAUCUGGAGCGCAGCAUCGAGAGUAGCAAUGGUGUAUUAUCCACCAAGCUAUUGCAGCCAUUCAAUCCUAAUGACUAUAAAAUGUCGAGCCCUUAGACAAGACUGUUUCUGAGCCAAUCCUUGAAACUGCGAAUACUAUAUUAUAUACAUAAAGUAAUAUGUGU